AUGCAGGAAACAUCACUGGACAUUGGCAUGGACGAGGCGGCAUUUGGAACAGAAUAUUUAGAUGGUGCUGGUGACCUGGGCAAUGAUGUACGUGGCAGCGGUUUAACAAGGCCGGAGGAGGUGAUGGAGAUGUUGUUUAACUCUCCCGAUGAGGCUGCUCGUUUCUACGAACAGUAUAGCCGAGGCAAGGGUUUUGCUAUGCGUGUUGGUAAGAAGUUAAGAAAUAAGAAUGGGGACAUCGUGCGAUACACAUAUUUGUGCAACAGAGAAGGGUUUAGGCAAAAGAAGUGGUUGGAGUUGGAAGGAAGAAAGAGAGAGCACAAGGUGGUUACGCGUUGUGGGUGCAUGGCAGAGAUGCGUAUCAAGCAAAAUGAUCAGAUGGGUAAAUGGUAUGUGUCAAGAUUUAUAGAUGACCACAAUCACGAGCUCCUCCCUCCGAAGUUGGUGGAAUACUUGCCUCCACAUAGGAAGAUGUCGGAUGUGGACGUAGCCCACAUGGAUAGCUUACGGCAAGUUGGGAUUUCGGUUCCUAAAAUAUAUGAGUCGCUUGCAGCACAGGCUGGUGGCUUUGAUCAUAUCCCAUUCACAAAGAGAUAUAUGUACAACGAAGUGAGGCGCCAACGAGGCAUGAGGAAGGGAGAUGUCAAUGCAACGAUAAGGUAUUUUGAGGCAGGUGCAAAGGCGGACGAGAAACUCUUUUGGAGGUGUCAGGUGAGUGCAGAUCAGCAUAUGUGUGACCUGUUUUGGUGUGACGGGAGGAGUCAGGAUGAUUAUAAAAUUUUUGGUGAUGUCCUUGCGUUUGAUGCAACGUACGGGCGCAACAAAUACAACCUACCGGUCAUUAUUUUCUCCGGGGUGAACCAUCACAACCAGACGUGCGUCUUUGGGGCUGCCAUGGUCUCUUGUGAAACCCAAGCAACUUAUGUUUGGGUGUUGCAGAAGUUGUUGGAAUGCAUGGAGGGGAAGGCACCCAAGGCAGUAAUAACAGACGGAGAUCGUUCUAUGCGAAUGGCAAUUAAUGAAGUUUUUCCGGAGGCUCACCACAGGCUUUGUGCAUGGCAUCUACUAAAAAAUGCCACAACAAAUGUGUGCUUGCCGCGGUUUACAACCUUAUUUAGAUAUUGUAUGCUUGCUGAUAUUGAGAUAGAAGAGUUUGAACAGCAUUGGGAGGCAAUGUUGGAUGAGUGUGGAGUCCGAGAUGUAGAGUGGGUUCAGGAUACAUACAGGAAGAAAUUAUAUUGGGCAACUGCAUACAUACGCGGUAGGUUCUUUGCCGGCAUUAGGACCACAUCGCGAUGUGAAUCGCUGCAUGCGAAGCUAGGCAGGUUUGUGGAGAGGAGGUAUGGGAUACUCGACUUUGUGACGAACUUUCAGCGUUGUGUUGAGUUCCUCAGAGAUAACGAGGAUGAGAUGGACUUUCGGUCCUCGUAUGGGACCCCCGUACUGCAGACUCAGUUUCCGGAACUUGAGAAAUCCGGAGCAAUGAAGUAUACCCGUGAGAUAUUUUCAAGGUUCCGUGAAUCCUUGCAAAGGUGUGUUCAGAUAACCGUUGUGGAGAGCCAGCCGUGUGAGGGCGGUACUAUUUAUGUGACACAGAAGUAUAUGCGACCGGGAAGAAAGUGGAAUGUUAUGCAUGUGUUGGCGUCGGAUAAAUAUACAUGCAAUUGCCAAAGAAUGGAAUCGUUUGGGCUACCUUGUGUGCAUAUACUCUCAGUUUUGGUUCGAUUAGACGUGGGUUCUCUUCCAGACACCUUGGUCUUGGAGAGGUGGACUAAGUCAGCCAAGUUCGGUUUGUAUGAUGAUGUUGCUGGGGACAAAAUAGUUGAUAUUGCUGCCCUGUACAGGAUGCGGAUGGGAACAUUUUUGCAGCACUGCAAGCGUUUGGCUCGGCUUGUGUGUAACAACGACGACUUAUUCAAGUUGUAUACAGAGCAGAUAGUUCAGGAAGCAACUAAUCUUGAAAGUAUGAAUGAUUCGGGGAAUAGUGUUGGCGUUGGUGGUGGCGGCAACAAUGGUAGAGUACUAGAUCCGAUUGGGGUUCGUACCAAGGGCACCGGGCGUGGUAAUGUACAAGUUGGGGCAAGGGGAGUGAAGCGUAGAAAGUGUAGCACGUGUGGGGUAGUCGGACAUCGUCGAACUCGAUGCCCAAAUCGGGCGAACAUGUCGGUGCCAAAUAGCCAGGAUGAGGUGCCGCAAAUGGUGUCACAGUGUGCGGCGCCUAUUGAUUUUCCUCCUGUCGAGAAUAUAGGGGUGCAGGAUUGCUAUCGUCCAUCAGCUACAUAG